GAGCUUCAGCUUUAAUAAACAUCAACGUACAAGACAACCAGAGAAAAAAAUGGAAGACGCCGCCGAGGGCGACAACAAGAACUCAACAAUAACACCUCCGGUCGAUUUCUCGACGCUGCCCGCGACGCCGACAGCCGUCCGCAUUCGCAUUCUCGUCCGGGAACUGCGCAUCGCGCACGAGGGCGGCCGCGAACAGCUGCAGAUUCGCGUGUCGUUCCACGUGCUGUGGCAGGACCACCGGCUCCAUGACUACCCGGCGGAAAAGUCGUCCCAACUACCGGCAAACAUCUGGCGCCCGGAG